GUUAAGCAUUCCUCCUCCCUUUCUAUCCAGCUGCACCCUUCCAUAUGAUAUGACAUGCACAAGAAUGCCGCGAAUGCAUUAGCUACUUCAAUUUUCAUCGUCGUCGUCUUCUACCCUCCCAUCCCUUCUCGGUGGUCGUCCGAGCUAGGCAUGGCGACGACGUCGAGCAAGGGCGGCGCGAGGAAGGGCCUGAUUUCACGAACCAUGGAGCGGUGCAAGUCCGGGCUGAUGAGCCGGAUCGGCUCGGCGGCGCCGGUGGCGGGGUGCUUCCCGGUCCACGUGGGGCCCGAGCGGGCGCGCUUCGUGGUGCGCGCGGAGCUCGCCUCCCACCCGCUCUUCCGCCGCCUCCUCGACGACGCCGAGCGCGAGUACGGGCGCGCGGCGCGGGGCCCGCUCGCGCUGCCUUCCUGCGACGUCGACGCGUUCCUCGACGUCCUGUGGCACAUGGAGCACGGCAGCGAUGGCGGUGGCGGCGAUGAAGACGACGACGACGGCGAGGUCCCCCGCGCGGCCGUGUCGUCGCCGAUCUGCGGGCUGCGGAGCUGCAGCAGCAAGGGCAGCGCCGCGGGCUACCGGAUGAUGAACCCGAGGUCUUCUCCGGUGGUCGCUAGGCGGUGGUCUGGAGGUGAGCGCAAAGCAUCUAGGCACGCGCGCACCCGAUCAUAUAGUUAG